UUUCCUGAUGCUUCUUUUCACGGCACAGUCAGACUUUUUAGACCAUUUUGUUUGAUUUAUAACCCAUCUGAUGCCAUGUCGCUCCCACAACAGCUACGCGGAGAAAGCGAUUUUGACCAGCUUCCAAAUAACGUACCUAUCAGUGCCACCAUUGCGGAUAUCGAAGAGAAAAAAGGUUUCAUUGACUAUUUUAUGUUUGUCAUAGAGGUGAAAACCAAAGGAGGGAGCAAGUAUCUGAUCUACAGGCGCUAUCGAGAGUUUUUCAAUCUGCACCAGAUCCUGGAGUCUAGAUACUCCCCAGAGGAUGUGGAUAGACCCGGUCCCAACACCUGCGUGCUGCCAAUCCUUCCAGGUAAAGUGUUCAUCGGCAACAAGAGGGAGAUUGCGGAGAGCCGAAUUCCCGAACUGAACACGUACAUGAAGAGGCUGUUGGGUCUGCCGACAUGGUUGCUGCUGGACGAGGAUCUCAGGAUGUUCUUCUACCAGACGGAGCAGGACAGCCAACAGCAGCCGCGAGCGCUCAGGCGUCUGCGACCACCUACCCGCAAAGUGAAGACGGUCAAAACCACGACUGACCUUUUCUCCUCUCCGAGGGCUGAGGCUAUGUUUGACUUUUGUGGAAGCAGCAAUGCAGAGUUGAACCUUAAGAAAGGAGACUUGAUCUUCCUGCUGCAUCGAGUCAACGCUGACUGGCUGGAGGGUACGGUCAACAACCAGACGGGAAUUUUCCCAGAAUCCUUUGUGAAGAUCAUCAAGCCCCUCCUGGAUAGUGAGUCGGAGGGCGAAGUAGAAGGCCCCACCUAUAGCUGCUUGCGAUGCUACAUGCUAACCCCCUCUGGAGUCCAAACCAGAGACGUUUGCGUUCAAGAGGACCUAAACAUCCGUCCGACGCACAAGGAACUGAUGUCCCGUAUGAGGGACAUGUUCAAGGUGGACGACAUCGCGCUGAACUACCGCGACUACCAAGGCGACCUCAUCCGCGUGCUGGACGACGAAGACGUGUUGCUGAUGAUCCAAUUGAGCCGAGGUCAAGCGGCCGGGGCGGUCCGCAGGCCUGUCAAUCAGUUUCCGUGGGAACUGCACGUGACCGUGGCCUCGGACUUCUCCGUUUACAAUGUGGAUGCUUGACAGGUUUUCUCGAAGCAACUCAUUGGCUGACAUUGAAGUUUAAUCAUCCCUCCCAGGCAAAAUCGAUUGGACGUCUAUUGCCGUCAAUGGCAGCCAAUGAGUUACUGUUCAAAAUUUUCAUUCAUUAGGUUGAAGGUAAAAAUUUCUUCUCCAGUCAUGUAAUGCUUUUCUACAUAGGUAACAGUUAAAGGGAAUGCUAGGUGCCAUUGUCAUUGGUUGCGAAUACUUUAAAAUGCACUAUACCAAUUGACCAAUACCCAAACAAUUUUUCAAUGUAUUUUCCAAAUUGUGACCCUAUUUCAGUAUUUUGUGGCUGUUAUGAUUUUGUUAGGUUCAAAUGGUUAUUUUUUGCAUCUGAAAUAGUGAAACAUUUUAUUGUGCGUUUAUAAUACCGGUGUAACUAUUAUUAAAUCGGGUUCGAUUUAUCGGUGGGUUAAGCAACUACUGAAUAGAAUUGAGAAUCUUAUAGUUAUGGCGUUUUGUUCAAAAUUGUCAAAAAAAAAUUCAUUUUUUUUUUUUUUUGCUUUUUAGUUAAACUGAUUGUUAUCUUAUUAAAUUGAUUAAAGACCCUGUAAUCAAAAUGGAAUCGUCUUUGUAACAUAGGAUUCUAGAGGAGCACUUUGAGAGAGCAGACUUUGGCCAAAGCAGUCAAAUUCAAAGCAUUGCCAUAUUUUGUGGAGUGGAAAAAAAUAUUUUAAUGUAAAUAAGCUGCACCCAUACUUCAUGAAUUUCAAUUAAUCGCGAAAAACAAUGGAUCACUGUACUUUAUUUUCUCAUCAUACAAGCUAUCGUAAAAAUUUGGAUGAAAGAGGAAAAUCCAUUACCAAGUUAUCAGGAAAUUCCUUUUCUGACCUCUGUUACCUUUGACCUUUACCCGAAACUUUAAUCACCUAUUCCGUUAUAUACGGUGGGGCAAAUAAGUAUUUAGUCAACCACUAAUUGUGCAAGUUCUCCCACUUGAAAAUAUUACAGAGGCCUGUAAUUGUCUACAUGGUUAAACCUCAACCAUGAGAGACAGAAUGUGGGGGGAAAAAAACAUAAAAUCACAUUGUUUGAUUUUUAAAGAAUGUAUUUGCAAAUCAUGGUGGAAAAUAAGUAUUUGGUCAAUACCAAAAGUUCAUCUCAAUACUUUGUUAUGUACCCUUUGUUGGCAAUAACGGAGGCCAAACGUUUUCUGUAACUCUUCACAAGCUUUUCACACACUGUUGCUGGUAUUUUGGCCCAUUCCUCCAUGCAGAUCUCCUCUAGAGCAGUGAUGUUUUGGGGCUGUCGUUGGACUUUCAACUCCCUCCACAAAUUUUCUAUCGGGUUGAGAUCUGGAGACUGACUAGGCCACUCAAGGACCUUGAAAUGCUUCUUACGAAGCCACUCAUUUGUUGCCCUGGCUGUGUGUUUGGGAUCAUUGUCAUGCUGAAAGACCAAGCCAGGUCUCUGUUUCUACCAAAAAGUUCUAUUUUGGUUUCAUCUGACCAUAACACAUUCUCCCAUUCCUCUUCUGGAUCACCCAAAUGCUCUCUAGCGAACCACAGAUGGGCCUGGACGUGUACUUUCUUCAGCAGGGGGACACGUCUGGCAGUGCAGGAUUUGAGUCCCUGGCGGCGCAUUCUGUUACUGAUAGUAGCCUUUGUUACUGUGGUCCCAGCUCUCUGUAGGUCAUUCACUAGGUCCCCCCGUGUGGUUCUGGGAUUUUUGCUCCCCGUUCUUGUUAUCAUUUUGACGCCACGGGGUGAGGAGGGAGUUGAAACUCCUUGUUGCCC